CGCAGGGCGGAAAACAAAGUGCGUCCGGCCGAAGAAAACGAGAGGUGCACAGCUGUGGCUCUGCUGAAGCUCCGAGUCGUGGCAAUGCCCCGCCAACAGAGGUCUGGCCCGGGGUUAGAGAAUGGAGAUAGGGAAUGCGCAUUGGUGUGAGAAACACAUGUACUCAGUACCUACCCCGCUGUGAGCAUAUUAACGGUCUCGUAACUCUCAAAUCGUUUGCCAUUUGCUUCUCCUCCUCCAAAUCAACCACCUCACAACAGCUCGAAGGCCUCCCCUUAGCCUUCCCUUUCCUAGCUCUCCACCCCUCAACUCUUCAAUCCCCGCACCGCAGUUCUCAAAUCCACACACCACAAAUUCUGCAAAUAUGGCCUUCUCCUGGAACGAGAAGAACCUCCCCAAGCAGCUCUUCAUCAACAACGAAUUCGUCGACUCGAAGAACAGCAAGAAGCUCUCCCUCUACAACCCCAAAGAUGGCUCCCUGAUCGCUGACGACGUUGCUCUGGCCGGCGAGGAGGAUGUCGAUAUUGCCGUGGCAGGCGCAGAGAACGCGGCUAAGGGCUGGAAGAAGCUGGCUCCCACCGAGCGCCGAAACAUCAUGUACAAGUUCGCCGAUCUGAUCGAGAAGCAUGGAAAAGACAUCGCGGCGUUAAGUCGAAUUUCUUUGGGUGCACCGUACGGGGCUUUCGGUGCCUUUGAGAUUGGACUUUGUGCUGAGGCUUUCCGGUAUAACGCAGGCUGGAUAGACAAGUUCGGCGGCGAGUCUUGGCCGCAGGAGGACGGCUUCCUUAAGAUCGUGCGCAACGAGCCUCUGGGCGUCACCGCUGGCAUUGUCCCCUGGAACGGCCCCGUGGGCACCAUCGGUCUGAAGGUCGCUCCUGCACUCGCCACCGGCAACACAUUCAUCCUCAAGCCAUCUGAGAAGACUCCGUUCUCCUCAGCGGCGCUGGGUACUCUCAUCAAAGAAGCCGGCUUCCCCCCCGGCGUCUUCCAGAUUCUCACCGGUGAUGGGAGCACCGGCGCCCUCAUCGCCAGCCACAUGCGCAUCCGCAAGGUCUCGUUCACUGGAAGCAUCUCCACGGGCAAGAAGAUUCAGGAGAUGGCAGCGAAGUCGAAUCUCAAGCGCGUAACACUCGAGCUCGGAGGCAAGUCGCCUGCUGUUGUCUUUGACGACGCCAACCUCGAAAACGCGGUUACGUGGUGUGCCAAUGCCAUCACGGCGAACACCGGCCAGGUCUGCUUUGCUGCCAGCCGCGUGUAUGUCCAAGAAGGCAUCUACGAGAAGUUCAUCGCCGGCUACAAGGCCGCGAUGGAAGCGAAGGCUAAGGAGGUCGGUGACCCAGAGGCCGAGGGCACGAACAUCGGGCCCUUGGUCGACAAGGCCCAGUUCGAGCGCGUCACUGGAUUUAUUGAGCGCGGCCAAAAGGGACAGGGCACGUUGUUGGUUGGUGGAAAGAGGAUCGGCACAAGCGGCUUCUACCUCGAACCCACCGUCUUUACAGACGUCGACAUCAAGUCCGAGAUCCACACCGAAGAAAUCUUCGGCCCGGUUUCAGUCGUCAGGUCGUUCAAGACCGAGGAAGAGAUCAUGGAGCUCUCCAACAACACCAACUUCGGCCUCAUGGCGGGUGUUUUCACCCAGGAUAUCAACAAGGCUCUGCGAGUUGCGUCUGACUUCGAGUCUGGCAUGGUUGGUGUCAACUGCGUCAGCAUGAUGUUCAUGUGUGCGCCGUUCGGCGGAGUCAAGGAGAGCGGUGUUGGCCGAGAGUGCGGUAUUCAUGCCCUACGGGCUUUCACGGAGACGAAGACCAUCAUGGUCAACAUGAACUACUAAAAAAUUGUUGAAAGAAGCUUUAUGACGAGGUUGACCAACUCUCUCUUUGCGUCCAAGGGGCAAUGAUGACUGGGCGAGUCUCACAAAUGUAUAUGUACGCUACGUAGGCACAAAUGUUGAACAUAUAAUGAGAACC